AUGAGAGGUGUGGUGGGUAAGUUGGUAUCAUCCAAUCAAACCGCCUUUGUUCCGAGAAGAAGCAUGAUGGAUGGGGUUCUAAUGGUAAACGAAAUUCUUGAUUGGGCAAAAAGAAAGAAGAAGGGAUGCCUACUUCUUAAAGUGGAUUUCGAAAAGGCUUAUGAUUCAAUUUCUUGGAAUUAUCUAAGGUGGAUUUUGGUGAGAAUGAGAUUUGGUAAUAGAUGGAUGAAAUGGAUGGAAUCUAGCAUUUUCACCAACUACAUGUCCGUCUUGGUGAAUGGUAGUGCAACAAAAGAGUUCAAAGUUCAAAGAGGUUUACGUCAAGGUGAUCCCAUGGCACCUUUCUUGUUUGUUCUUGCUAUGGAAAGUUUAACCGCGCUAACUAAGAAAUCGGUGGAGGUGGGAGACUUUAAACCUUUCAAGUACGGAGUAAACGACUUUGUGGAUAUUCUACAAUUUGCGGAUGAUCCAUCAUUCUAG